UUUGAUCUUGUUUAAACUUUAUAUCUGUCCCUUUUAUAGGGCGGUAAAACCUACGGAGUGCAAGGCAUAUGGGGAAGGUCGGGAAUGAAAGGCCAGUGGGGAAGUCCUGUCCCUUGGAAAUAGUCCUUGCUCUUAUCUGUCAGAUCCAGGUUGGUAGCGCUCUUAGUUUUAGAGCCUUGAGAGAGGGAUACGGGGUCGUGUCUGGUGUUGCAGUUUUAGUGGCCUGAAUAAAAUAAAGCUUUGUGCUUUAAGGCAGUAGGUUUCUUAGGUAUGAUAAAAAUAGGAAGGGAACCAGUUUCUGAGGUUGCAACCGGGAGGUUAGAGAACAGGCAGGGUGGGCGUGGUAAACUGAAGUGUGAAGAAGGGGGUGGACAAGUGAGAGACGUGGAAGGACAGAAUAGGGUCACAGAAGGGGUGGGGAGCAGAGGAAUUGAGAGAGUUGGGAGACGGGAAAUAUUCUUCCCUUAAAAAUAAAGAGAUCCUCAUACUUUGGUGGAGCUUACAAAGAAGGUGGGAGUCGAUCAUUCUGACAAGUCUCCUGAAAGGCGCAGCUCACAGGGGCUGAAACGUUUCCAGUUGGGCUCAUGACAAAGGCAGAGCUCACACUAGCAGCUCCACACAGUGUGGAAGGCGUUUCUUACAGUCGUGUGUUUUAACUUCAACAGGCACAGGUAACUGAAACGGCAGGUGACUGAAACUGGAACGUGAAACUGCAGAUAUGAUGUGCUCACUAGUGCCCUCGCGGGCUUCCUUGGAUGAGGACGCUUUGGAUGAUGCCUUGCUGGAACCAAGUGAAGGAGAAGAAGAUGAUGGCCUUUUCAGUGUCACUGAGGAAGAGGAGGAGGAGUUACUGAAGUCAGACGAGGAGGAAGAGGAGAAGUCACUGCAGGCGGAUAAGGACGAGGAAAAUGUAUUGGAUAGCUGUGCACCAGCAGCGGAGACUCCUGGCCUCUCCAGAUUACCUCAGCUAAACACACCAGUUGGUCAGGGACCGACUCCUACAAAACCAUUAAACAGACCCUUUGCACUAGAAAAGAACCAUGUAAAGUUAACAGUUGUUGCACCAUUUAACCCAGCGGUUUGUGAUGCCGUGCUGGAUAAGGACAAGACUGAUGCGUCCACAGGUGUCGAGCAGCCCUCCUCCCUUGGAGAGGACGUGAGAGAAGACUGUGUUAGCCCGAAGAAGAGCAGACUUGGCACUUACUCUGAAGGGAUCAUUCCCAGCGACUCUGCCUGGGAUGGGCCCCCAUUCCCUUCUCCUUCAAAUAAUAGCUUUAAACAGACUGUCCCUGAUCUAAGUACGCCUGAUAGUAAGAAACCUACACCUGUCUGCUCUCAGGUCCCGGACCAUUCAGAGACUCCUCGCACAGGGUCGUCCUGGAGAAAUGGAUCCCAUAAGUCGAGUAGUGAAAUGAGGUUGCCAGUCGUUUCCAGUUCCUCAGACAAAGAUGUUCUUGACAAGGACUCUGGGAAGCUGAAAGUCCCUGAGAGAAUAGGCAAAGUCAUUCCUGUUCUGCAAGCCAAAGCAAGGACUGAUGUUCCAACAUUUUCACAAUCAGAUCUAGAACGGAAGAAGCAAACUUAUGUCAGGAAUGUUUUUGCUCAUAUAAAAGACCCAAUGGACUCGAACCAAGGUGCCUUGGUGGAACUAUAUUCUUUGAUGGAUCAAGUUCAUCAUAGGCAUAACCAUCCACAUCCUUCGGACCUCACCAUUCGAAACUACGCCCGGCUCCGACAGAAGCCUCUGGAAAGGUGCAGUCUGACUGAGUGGGUGGACAGGAAUCAGCGCAGCCACCCGCGGUUCCAGAGCCUCUGAGACGGCGUCCGGGGCGGCUCGCUCGCCGCGGCCCGUCGGCAGUGGGCGCCCCUGUUCAGCGUCCCGUCCGGAGCAGCAGCUCACCUUCUGCUCUUUCGUGCUUUGGAGAUUUUGAGUUCUAUUUUUCACAAUAUUUUUAUUUAAAGAACUUGUCGCCUUUUGGAAAUGCCCGUUACUGACUUGAAUUUUUUGUAUAAAGUUCGUGUGUGUGUGUGUAAGCAGUGUUUAGUUGUUACAGUUUUUGUUUUUUCCUUUAAGUUGAAUGUGGCCGCCUCCUGAAAGCCAACAUUAAGCCAAAACACCCGUGGCCUAAGCAAAGCCCCACCUUCGUGCAGGAGGAGAGUUUACUGGUGCCCAAAGGAAAGCAUCUUCUACUCUCUGAGGAAGAGAUCCUUUGUCAGGCUGCAGGGGGGUGUUGCUCCUGCUCACCCGGUGUACAUGGAUACAAGUCACUUUUAACAGCCCCUCUUAUUUUCUUAUUUGAAUCUCUCAAUCCUGUCAAAAUGUUCGAGUUGGUAAUCUGAGAUAUUUGAAGCAGGAUGGGGCAGGACCAAAGUCCUGUUGAAAGGACACAUUAAAAGAGUAAAUCUUC